AUGAUUCUCGCGGGUCUUAACUCCCUUGACGAGCUAGACGCCGCUGAAGAGUUGGAAAGGAAAGAAAAGGAAGAACAAGAAGAGAAGGAGAGGAGGGAGGCAGAGGUUGCCAGGCUGGCAGCCCUGCCCGCUCCUACUGGUUCCAAUCCUGGUUCCGUCCUAGGUUUUGACCCCGCCCUGGGUCUCGACCCUGCUUUCUUCGAGGCUUUCCCUCCUGACCAUGAGAUGUNCUGGUUCCGUCCUAGGUUUUGACCCCGCCCUGGGUCUCGACCCUGCUUUCUUCGAGGCUUUCCCUCCUGACCAUGAGAUGUGGGCAACCCUGGAUUUCGGCGAUGGAACUCCUGAAGUUCCUCGGAGUACUGAUUGAUGUUGUUUCUGGGUUCCCAAGUGUUCUCCGAGUGUGGGUAAUCCAACCAUUUGAUCAAGUACUUGAUCUGUCCUCUGACAACCCUGCAGUCAAGAAUCUUCUCGACCUCAUAUUCAGCAUUUGGGUUGACUGGUUGAAUUUCUGUGUGUGGGGCUGGUGGUGCUCCCGGUGGUGCUGGUUCGAGUAAGGAUAUAUGAAAUACUGGAUGGAUGUUCAUUGUCUUUGGUAGUGCCAAUUCAUAAUUCAAAGGUCCUUUGACUUUCUUGAUUCUG